GGGUGCGGCGCCCACCAUGACCCAACAGGGCGCGGCGCUGCAGAACUACAACAACGAGCUGGUCAAGUGCAUCGAGGAGCUGUGUCAGAAGCGGGAGGAGCUGUGCCAGCAGAUACAGCAGGAGGAGGAGGAGAAGCAGCGGCUGCAGAACGAGGUGAGGCAGUUGACAGAGAAGCUGGCCCGCGUCAACGAGAACUUGGCGCGCAAGAUCGCCUCUCGGAACGAGUUUGACCGCACCAUCGCGGAGACGGAGGCCGCCUACCUCAAGAUCCUGGAGAGCUCGCAGACUUUGCUUAGUGUCCUGAAGAGAGAGGCUGGGAAUCUGACCAAGGCUACUGCUUCCGACCGAAAGAGCAGUGGAGGCAAGGACAGCUGACAAGGCUGGGUGGGCCAGGCUGUCUCUGCUGUGCCUAUGACGACUCAGGCCCCCCGAACAUCUGUCUUGAAGCAUCUUUGUUCUUCAUGGUGGAAGCUGCCUUCUCACAUUCCGGAUGCCCAGAGCAGCAGGUGCGUUGCCACUGGCCUUGGGUGACAAGAGCCCUUGGCACAACCCAUGGGUGGAGUUCUCGCUCUACCCACAUGGGGUAUGGGACAGUGGGCUCUAGGCCAGCUCCAUGUGGAGCCUCUGAAGGCCCCGUACCACUUUGGAUGCCAGAGAGGUCUUGGUUCUAGGCUAUUGUCAUCACUGUGGGAACCCUUCACUUUGUCCCUUCUCAGCUAAUGGGGACCCAGAUUCGAACAAAUAAGAGAAGGUACUUCCUUCAGCCCAGAUUCCAAAUCUCAGGGCCUGCCCCAUCCUAUGACUGUAUCAAUAAAAAGUAUGUUUGCAAAGAUCUGUG